GCCAGUGCCACCGAUAGCGACAACAACAAUCGUCAAUCAGUGCGCGAUAACCCCACGCUAGACGAUAAUCAGAAUCAAAAUCAAAACCAAAGCUGCAAUUGCGAGUCGCGGGCGUUUCGCGAUUUCCGGGGUGUCCAAACGCUUCGCUUGCUGUGGAGCAAACGCAUCAAAAGCGCCAGCGAGGAUCAAACGGUUGCAUCAACAUCGUCAUCGUCGCGCGCCUCCUCGCUGGGCACCCUCCGCAAGCUAAACAAAUCCGUCAGUUGUCUGGUGAACGCGUUCAACAAUCCCUCGCCGGAAAAAUCGCUAGCAAAACGCGCCGCUAGCUUGCACAAUCUGCAGGACGCCGCGUUGCAGCAGCAGCAGUUGCAGCGCGAAAAGGAUAAUUUCUACAAAUACAAGAACGCGGAGCAGGCGAGAAUGCGUGGCAAGCUGCGACGCAGCAGUGACGAGCCGACGGUUAUAAACGCGCACAAGAACGCGUGUGCGAGCGCGAUUAAAAACGCGAGUGCGACUUUAGUCGCGAGCAAAUGUGACGACAGCAUGCCGCCGCUUCCACCUGCCAGCAUUGAGUGCAAUAUGGAAUCGCCAGUUCCGCGGCGAUUACCAGAUAGCGUUAUCUCCGACAUGGAAGUGGGUGGUAAACAGGCGGAGCAGGCGGACGAGGAGGAGGAGGAGGUGGAGGUGGAGCUCCGGGCGACGCCUGCCCGAUCGCGAGCCCGUGCCCGAGUCCGCGUCAGUCUCAGCGCGGCAAGCGCCCAGAGUGGCGGCAGCAGCGAAUCGGAGCCUACAACUUCCACGCAAACAUCUUCCACUGUGACGUCAACGGUGACGCGAGCGGUGACGAAGCGGAAAUACAGCUUCAAGACGCACGCAGGCAGAUCCUACGUGCAGCACCACACGCCGCGGAGGAUAAGCAGCAGCUGCAGCAACAGCGGCGGAGGAGGAGCAGGCAUGGGGCAGGCAACGGAUGUCCCCACUGGCAGCAGCAGCAGCACCAACAGCCUGGUGGCCAAACUCACCCAACAGUUCAACGAGAUCAUCCAGAAGGAUGCCCGCGUGCUGGAGCAGGUGAAGCGGAAGAAGGGCGUCUGGCUGGCACGCGGCAGUCAUGUCUACAAGAUUGUGGAGAAGCAGCCAGCCGCGAUGCAGCCACCCCCGGAGAAUGGCAUCUCCACGGUGCAGCGGAACAUCAAGAAGUUCGAGACGCUGGAGAAGCCUUCGGUGCCGCAGAAGAGCGAGCAGCUGCGGCAUCUGGCGGCAGCCACAGGCACUGCCAGGAGCAACAACCUCACUCUCAAGACAAAGCGAAGUCUGAAGGGGAGUCCCGCAGAGCUGGAGGUGGUCUGCGAGGAGGCCAAGACGCCCGUGGAGCUAGAGCCAGCCACAGAGGAGAAAGCAACCAAAGAAGAGCCGCCAGCAGCCGAGCAGCAGCAGCAGCCGCCCAUGGAGACGGAGGAGGAUGAUCUGAAGCCCGAACUGGAGCUGGAUGAGGAGCGGCAGAAGCAGCGCAAGCACAAGUAUGCCUCCAUCUACGAGAAGCUGCGAUUCACCUUCGCCGGCAGAAGCCGCAAGUCGGCCAGUCCCUCGCCCACAAAAGCAGCAGCGCCCGAGAUGGCGCUGCAGAUGGUCACAGAAAUGGCGCCAGAAGAGAUGGAAACUAAGCUGGAAGAGGAGCCACAGCAGACAGGUGCCAACUCACCGCUGAUGCUGGGUCAGUGCAUUGAGGCCGAUGCCGAUUCCAAGAUUCUCGACGCUUUGGAGGUGCUCGAUCAGAAGAUCAAGGGCAUCAGCGCCCACUCGGAGGCGGGUGAGCUGCUGCUGGGCACCAACGAUGACUUCGAGCAGCGGCUGCUGCCCAACACCUCGUUCGUGUAUCAGGCGGCCAACAAGCAGAUCUCCAACAAUCAGCUGCUGGUCAAUCAGGCGGUGAACGUGACGCUGGUGAAUGCCAUCGAAGGAGAGCAAAUGAUCAUGGAGCAAAAGCAGUUGCUGAAGGCAGAAAAUGAGAAGAAGAACGAGGAGCAGCAGGAGGAGCAAGUGGCAGUCAGGGAAGAACCAAAAGAGCUACCCGCAGAAGAGGAGCCCGAAUCCAUUUACGAACCCAUCACACCCUCUGCCUUGCCUGCCAUCGAACCCAAGACUGAAGCGCACGCCUCGAGCCUGUUCAAGAUUGUGGACAUCCAAAAGUCGGAGAUCGUCGAAGACAUCUACCAGACCGUGGAGGAGGCAUCCGCAUCCGCCGCAGCUGCCUGCGCCAAGCCCAACAUUUGGCUGGAGGGCUACGAGUCGAUAGCGGGCUCCUGCGAGGCGACGCCACCAGAUUUCGAUGGCUACGAGUCCUUUGCGCCGCCCACACCCACAGCUAACCUGGAGGAGUGUCUCCCCAUGUCCACACCAUCUCCUGGCACGCAUGGCGGCACACUGGGCAGGAAUACCCGCGAUGAGCUGCCAGAGCUGCCGAAACCAAAGCGAGUGCUGCCGAAGUCUCCAGCGCUGCUGCGACCUGCGCCACCGAAGCCAGACCUGGCCAAGGAUGAGGAUGAGGACGAGAACAUCUACGACACCAUCAAGGGCUGCUACGAGUCGAUGCACACCAAAGUCCCAGCCAGCAGCGGCAGCGGCAGCGGCACCACUACCACCGAUGCCAUCUCCCUGGGCUCCAACUGCUACGAGAGCAUCUCCCACUACCGCAAGACAAAGACAACGGCGACGGCGACGGCGACGGGUCAUGGCACCUGCAUUCAGCUGUCCAGCAGUGGCUCCACCCUGACCAUCUGCUCGGACCACAAGACCAACAGCCUGUACGAAUCCUCACUGGCAGCCGCCGGUUGUGUGAUGUACGGCAGUGCCAGUGUCGGCUGCCGCUCCUCCCUGGGCAGCGGCGGCAGUGCAUCGUCGAGUGGCGGUGGCGGCAAGCGGGCGGGGGACAAGCGAUCCUCCAUAGCCGGCUCCAGCGACAACAGCGAUGCCUGGGUGGACAUAUCCGAUGGCGAGGGAGCAACAGCAGCGACAGCGGAGCGCCUGGAGGCGGGGCCGCCGCCCACCGAGGCACAGUUUGUUGUUGUGCGGGAACGCUUCAAGCCGCAUCGUACCCGCAGCCCGGACUGGUCGAAGCGCAUUAGAGACAAAAGACUGCAACAAAAGAAGGCGAUAAGCUGCAUAGAGGUGCUCACCGAAUGGAAUUCUUUCCAUUAUCCGAAUGGGAAUGUUUCUCUAUUUAUUAUAUCCACGUACAAACGUUUCAGCAGUGCGUGA